AUGGCGGUCAUGGACGGCGGUCGGAAGGCGAAGAGAGCCAGGCGUAGCAACAGAAUCUCCGCCGAUCUCUACGGUUUCUCCACUUUCCCGGUGGAAGAGAUGGGCGGAGGCGAGUCCAACUUGCCGCCGUUUCGCGACGGAGUGAGAUCCUUCCUCGCGAGCCACGCGCGCGUCACUUUCCCCACCUCCACGCUCUUCUCGAGCCUGAUGACGUGGCAGAUCCUUCUCAGACAUGGGGAUUCCAAGGACGGUUCAGAUCUCUCCACCAGACUCGUCUCGCUCGACGUCGUGGAGGAGGAUGUAACCAGAUCCACUAGAUCCGUUUACUGUGACCACUGCCGAGUCGUUGGUUGGAGUAGCCAUCCAGUGUGUAGAAAGAGGUACCACUUCAUCAUAAGGUCAGGAGGAGACAGUAGGAGCCUCAACGUUGGGCUGCAAAAGGCUUGCUCAAGGUGCGGUAACACUCAGAACCUGUCCGAAGGGAGCAACUGCAAGUGGUGCAGCUUGGCUCUUGACGUAGAGGACUGGGUUUACUCUCAGCUAGAGGACAACACUCAUCUCCUUCACGGCGUUAUCCACUCCAAUGGCUAUGCCCAUCUCUUGUCUCUCAACGGCAGAGAAGGUGGCUCUGGUUUCUUGACUGGUCGUUCGAUUAUGGACUUCUGGGACAGGCUUUGUUCCUCCCUCGCUGUUCGGAAAGUGAGCGUGAUGGAUGUGUCGAGGAAGUACGGGAUGGAUUAUCGGUUGCUUCACGGGAUGGCGAGAGGGUCUUCAUGGUACAGUGAGUGGGGGUAUGAGUUUAAAUCUGGGAGCUAUGCGCUCACGAGAGAUGUGUAUCAGUGUGCUGUAAAUACUUUAUCUGCGAUACCUCUCUCUGAGUUCUUGUUCCAAGGGAGGAAGCCAAGAACUCAGCUCCACUCUACUAUUGGCUUCUACCAAUCACUCUCGUGUUCAGAGCUUGUGACCGUGAGAGACCUCUUCUCCUUUCUGCUACAGCUGAUUCGCGAGAACCGAACAAAACCACCUACAGCUAAGCCGUCGGAUGUGCUUUGUGCUUGGACUAGGAGCGAUGUGGAACGUGUACAGCAAGCCAUGGUGAAGAUAUUGAAAGCUGCAGGUGGUCAACAAGCAAAAUGGGUUUCAAGGUGGGCUCUCAAAAGGUCUAUUUGCAGAACAGCCUCUCCUCAGCUGAUUGAUUACUGUCUGAAGCAUUUUGGAGGGGUUUUGGCGGAUGACGGAACUCGAGUAGUCUGCUCCCGUUGCAAUCCUGGUUCAAACGACUUUGAAUACAGGCUCAGACCUGUCAACAAUAUGCAUCAGUUAUCAUCUAAUCAAGACAUAAAUUUUGCAUCAAAGGAGCAAAUCAAAAGCGACUUACGAUAUUUGUAUGACACUUUAUUGCACCCACAAACCAUGGCCGAGUUUAGGUCUCAAGCAAUAAGAGAUAAAAUGAUUGAUGCAGCCACAAAGAUUCUUGAUUGUAAGCACUUCAUAAAAGAUCACCGGUCUAGUACGGUCAACCCCUUUGCAAUCAACAUCUGGUGCCAGGCUGAGGUCUCGGAUGAGUCCAAAGAAUGCCCAUCCCCUCCACCUGAACUGUUGGUUUUGCCAGUGAACGCUACUGUUUCUGACCUGAAAAUGGAAGCUGCUAAGGCUUUUCAGGAAGUGUAUGCAAUGUUCAAGAGGUUUGAAGUGGAGGAGCUCCUAGGCUAUGGCUCUAUUGAUGACUCCAUUACCCUGAAACUUUUAGUUGGGACGAAUGGGGUCAUACGGGUUAAAGGAAGAUGCUCGUCAAAACAUGGGCUCCUUAAAUACCGCAUGGAGCGAGGUGUGGAGAACUGGAAAGUUGAUUGCAAGUGUGGUACGAAGGACGAUGAUGGUGAGAGGAUGUUGGCCUGUGAUGACUGUGGUGUGUGGCACCACACUAGAUGUGCUGGGAUCAAGAACUCUGAUGCACUACCUUCCAAGUUCCAUUGUUUCAGAUGCAUUGAGUUGUACAGCAAAAGACCAAAGCAAUCUGGUAACGAUCGUGCUAGUCAAGUGUCCAAAGCUGGCUUUGUUUGUAGAGGUCCUUAUCUAGGCACAAAACUGCAAGUGGCUUAA